AUGUCCGUCUUCUGCGCGUUUAGAAAACCAAAACCAAAACCUCGAGCAGCAAUGUCUAUACAGUCAGCUCGAGAUAUGCCCUCCAGCACCGUCUCACACCGAAAGAUGCGCCCGCAAUUAAGCAUCCAAAUCCCGCCGCCGCCGCCGCCGCCGCGUCUGCAGAAACCUAUGCCCCCGAUUCCGGCGUCACAGACUAUCCGAAUAGUUCCCCCUACCAGGGCCAAUAACAAGGAGCCCCACUGCAAGGAUACUAAGAAUAACAAUGCCCCUAAAAACCCCAGGGACAUCAUUGAUAUCAACAAUCUCAGUAGCAAUGAACGUAUCAAGGCUGCGCUUGAGCCCCUACUCGCGCGGUGGAGCACGAACCUCAGCUUCCGCGAAGUCACGGCGAUUGCGCGCCUCCCUGCAGAGGAGGCGGGGGCUAUCUUCGUCGUGCAGCUUAUCGACUCGCUUGAGGCCGAGAAACGGAGACGGCGGGCUGCGGAGAGUUGUGUUAAGAUGCUGGAGGAGACGCAUACGGAGCUCCUCCGGAAGAAGAAGGAGGUAUAUGAGGAGACGCAGGGGCUACUGAGAAAGAGGUCGAUGGAGAUGAGGGAGGAGGAGGAGUGGGUUUGCAUAAGGGAGAGGGAGCUGAGAGGCGAGAAUGCGGUGUUGAAGGAGAGGGUUAGGCGUUUGGAGAUUGACUUGUGGAAUGCGAGGAAGAGGGAUGGGUCGAUGAUUUAG